AUGUUUCCCCAGAAGGUAUGGUCGGGCCGACCCAAGAUCCCCAGCGCGAUUGCCGGCCGAUCGAUCGGCUCACACGGGCCGCAGCCCCCUGGACCCUAUGUUCCUCGAACGCGUGUCGAGGCCGGCCAUUGGAAGAUUCUGGAUAAAGCUCAGCUUCCGUCAGUCCGCGACGACGGAGCAUCAAGCAUCCUGAUGAGACCCGUGGAGGAGACUCAGGCAGCCCACAAGCAGAGUGUGCCUUGGAACCAUACAACUCCAGUGUCGAAUUACUUCUCGACUUCUGAGGUCUCCUCCACUAGGGGACUUCAGCAGGUGGCAGAGCGAGGCAAUUGGUAA